AUGUCGGUCGACGCUACCGUCCACCAUGUCUUCGGGUAUGACGGGGGAGCGGCGGACGCGCCACCUCUACAACUGGCAGACCAGAGCACGAUCGUGUACGUCAGUGGCCACACGCUGCACUUCACGUCCACCACCACGCGCAGCCAGCACUUCUUCAUGCGCCCUCAGCCGCGAAAGAUUGUGUGCUUCGACUUCAACUGGAAGACGUCCACGUUCGCCAUCGCGGCUCGAGAGCCAGAAGCUGCCAUCUCGUUGUACUCGUACCCGGACAAGAAGUCCAAAUCCAAGCUGGAACUCCCCAAUGAAUCUCAAAGCGACAUCUUCGAGUACUCACUGAUCAAGUUCUCGCGUUGUGGUCGUCGACUGCUGAGUAUCCGUCCAGCUCCACCUGAGGUCGAUGUAUCGAGAGCUCAAGACAGCAAAACCAUUGAAGCGAGGGAUCCGCUGCUCUGCGUGUGGGAUAUCGAGUCGCUAGCGCCCGUUCCGGGGUGUCAGAAUUCCAGUGUCCGUGGUCCAGCUCGCUUUGCGUCCUUUGACCCUGCCAACAUCGAUAUGCUCGUGGUGGGUGGGGACAAUGGACUGCAGAUCUGGAAAGUGUACACGGGUAAGAAUGCAGCGUCGAGUUUGCUGCGAGCGGAGACCGUGACGCUGCCGGCUCCUUCAUCAGCUACUGAUGAUAAUGUCGGACAGCCCACCGACGCGGCAGAUCUUGUGGAAUGGGAGGAGAAGCGCAAGCAGUUUUUCUGCCACGCGUGGCUGCCUCGCAGUCGAUUCCUGGCUGCGAACCUGUCAGGCGACCUGUUCCUCGUUGACGCAGCGGAGGCGAAAGUAUCGCUGCUGAUACGAGCGGCAGCUCGGCCGGAUCGCUGUCCCAUUGCUGGUAUUGUCGUGACAGCAGAGACCGUCGUCGUCUCCUACUCGGAUGGUGCGCUCGCGUGGCUUCAGCUUGAUACAUGGGAGCUCCAGAACACGAGCGUUCUACCUGGAGGUCUCGCGGGGUCGAGUGUGACAGUCAUGGCACCGACGCCGACGUACUCCAAGGCUUUCGUGGGGACACGCAACGGGAAGAUCUUCGAGGUGCGGACGAAUGUUCUGCAAGACGACGAUGAAGACGGAGACAACGACGACGACGACGGUAGCUCACGUCGCCAAGCAGCUAGCAGGAGUUCCAGUCGUGGAGAUGAAUCCGCGCUUGUAGUACCGUGUGCUAGUUUCCCGACGGGGCCGAUGCUUGAUAGCGCGGUGUUUACUCCGUUCGGUGGGGCGUAUUCUACCGACGCGUUGAUCGCUACUGGAGGUUUACAUGGGCAGCUUGCGAUCUGGAACCUCCGUGACUGCCGACCAGUCGAUGAAGUCAACCUGGGAGUGUUAUUUACACAAGACCCAACAAUUAUUGCGGCUCCCGCUGGUUCGAACUCGAGACCUGGUACCGCUGGCACACCAGUGCAGGAACUGAAUACCAACCCAGCAACUGCCGCGCCUCCUGUGGUGAUCACAGCACUAGCAGCAAAACUGGGCGACCCGAUAGUGAUGAUCGGAGACCACCAAGGAAGACUGCGCUCGCUGUGUGUCUCGAAAGUUGUGGGUGGAGGGGGCAAGGUGGAGAUUCUACCGCAGCACUCGGUACAAUUGCUGCCGGAGGAUACCCCAGUCGACAUUUUGUCCAUCCACCCUACCCAGACGGUGAUGAUGGUGUCGUCAACGCACAGCAACGUGGUGUUCCUCUUGUCCAUGGACCACGAGAAGCGAUUUCCUGUUCAAGCGUAUUUCACGUUGAGAGAACCGAACGAACGCGUUGUGGACAUCCAGUGGAAUGCAACGGGGGCUAGCGUCAGUAGCUCCCUCACGCUCACGUGUUUCUCUUCGCGUGGUCUGUUCUACAGUGCACGAUAUCAAGCCCCACCACAGGAGGAUGUUUCCGUGGGCAGUGCUGCCUCAGGCCGCCGGGAUGUCUCGCCAAGAGGGGCGUUGCAGAUCGUCCCCAAAGUCAUCGCCUUUGGAGAGUCCGUUCUACCGAUGUGCGCGCGAUUGCGGUUCCUCACUGGUCCUUCAAGUAACAUGAUGAUCGCUACUUCCCCCGGUCGACCGGAGCUGACACUGCUCAAGUUCCGCGACGUACUGCGCGAGUCGAUGGAAGAGAUCAGCAUCCUGUCGAAAAUGCUGACGAAGCGAGCCCAUGCGCGCGGUGUGUCGGCAGUCGCGGUGUUUCCGCGCGUGCUGGACGGAGGUGUGGAGCUUUUCGUAACCGGCGGGAUGGAUGGCACAGUCACGCUUUGGACGCUCGCUGCAGCUUCAGCAGUAAACGCCCGUCGUCAAACCAAGACACCAGCGGAAGGUGAAAACGAGUCAAAGGAAGCCGCGACGGCGACAGCUUCCGGAAGUGCAGGCGAGCUGGACGAAAUGCAGGCGACCAAGAAGCGAACACUCGAAACGCACGCUGGCCCGGUAACAACUCUGCGCUUUGUCUGUGCGAAAGCAAUGGCAAGCUCCGAGUCUGGAGGACCAGCAAACAUCCAGCUCAUUUCAACGGGUGUCGAUGGCUGUGUGUUCCUCAUGGACGUUCGUCUGUCGCCCGAGCUACUGGGCGAGUCGAUUGGACUCAGUGGUGCGCAGACUUCCGAUCCAACCAUGAAUCCGCUGUACAUGAACAUCGUUUCAUGCGCCAAGUAUGACGACGUCUUCCAGCCCGAGCGUGAACAAGAGCGCACGCCGUUCCUGGAGGCUCGAACUCGCGCUGAAGCGAUGGCAGCUCGUGAUCGAUUCGAUCGUGGCAAAGAUGCCACGCGCGUCAAGUUGCGCGACCUUGAGGGGCGACUGAAGAUCAUGCUGGCUGAGAAUGAACGACUGCCUGAAAACGAGCAACUCGCGCGCGAAGAGUUUGUACUCAAUGUGGCAUGGCGUGAUAAUCUGUUGAAUCAGCACGCCGCCAGAGCCCAACGCGUACGUGAAGGAAUCGCUCGUGACCUUGCGCGCAUGGCAAUUGUGCGUGAGCGGAUGAAGCGGGAGUUCUGGGACGUUUUUGAGGUACCGGGAGUCCGUCUUACAGCACUGUCACCACCAACUUCUACGUCGACCGCAUCCGCAUCGACGACCUCAACCUCGGGACAGUCGACGCCACUGUUUGUCAACAACUUCCCAAUGCGACGCCAGACCCCACGGGAGCAGAAGCUCGCCAAGCAGAUCGCGAUGCUUCGCCUAGUUGAAUUCGCACACCACCAGCAAGAAGACCGCGAGGGACACAGUUCCGAUUCGCGCGCGAGGUUUCAAGACACCGUUCCCACUGAUCUGCAGUGGAUUUUGAACGCAGGAUCACUACAUCCCAAGUUCCAGCAGGGAAACCCUCCAGCUACCGACUCUGGUUCGUCUCCAGAUAUCUCCGACUACGCCAAAAUCCCGAGCUUCCACUUCGUGUACCAUCCCGCAGUCGUGCGUACAGGCAAGCAAGCUCGCGUCCAGAUGCAUCUGCUUAGUUCGUAUGCUCGAGCGCUACAAAGCGCCUUCAACGCCGAGUUCCAGGAGCUGUUGCGUCACAAGGAGAACACGAUUGAGCAAAUCGAAGCCAAGAACGCUCGGAUCUUGGAGAUCACGGCAGAACUCAACGCUGGAGGAAGCACUGCCGACUUGUUUCGACCGCAGUUGGCCCCCGAGGAGAAAGCCGACUCACUUCUGAAAGUUUCUCCCGAAGAGAUGACCCAGAAGCCGUACGAGACUGCCGAGCGUCGAAAGCAGCGUGAGCGUGAAGCAUUUGAGGCAGCGGAGCGGGAGAAAGCUCGUAAGAAGGACGACGUAGGCGGUCGAGCGCUCAUGGACAUGAUGGACGGCACGCUGGAGGUCAAGAAAGACCCGUUGGCAGCACAGGAGCUGGUGAAGGAGGCUUGGAUGCUGACGAUUCCACCGGAGGAGAUGACGGCCGAGCAGAAGAAGCUCGUGGUACAGUUUGAAGCUGCUCAAGCCAAGUUCGAAGAGGAACGCGAGAAGUAUCGGAAGAGUCUGGACUUGGAGCUGCGCAAGACUCGCGGAGAGGUGACGGACCUCUGUCGCGCGUUCGAUGAGAAGCUUCGCGCGCUUCGUGAUCGGUACAUGGCGACACGGCGGGCUGUACUCGCUCAGGAGCUCUACGAGCUUCGGUUGGGUGAAGAGCUCAUGGCGCGUGAACAAUUGGGGCUGGAAACGGAGCGACUCGAAGCGGAGGCACUCACCAUGCAGGAAUCCGUGGCACGCGCUCAAGCUGAGAGCGACCGGUUUGCAGCCCAACUUGAGGCCUGUCGUGAAGACUGGCACCGCGCCACGGAAGAGGACAAGGUGCUCGAAAAGAGCUUCGUUCGGGAGCUUGAAGAGAUGGUUCAAAGCAGUGGCAGCGCUGGUGGUGGACUGGGAGGCACUCCAACGGCGAGCACAAGCCAACUGGAGUCCCCGGAGUUCAUCAAACAGCUCGUGGAGUUGUACCGCAAGCGCAAACCUGACGAUCUGGUGCUUUCUCGUGAUGGAUCAUCCGGGAGUGAAUCCAUGAAGCGGUCAGGUUCCAAUGGUAACAACGUGGUGGAGCCUGAAGUCAACCUCGACCCGUUCCAGCACCUCGACAACCUCCACCAAGACCAUUCGAAGCGCGGGGUCAUGACUGGCACUGGAAACGGGAGUCAAAAGUUCGCGGUAACUCCGCUGGACUACAUCGCUGACCGUCCUGAAGGCGUUCUUGUCGAGGACCGAAUCUGGCGCGCCCUGAACGCGCUUCGAGCCAAGAAAAUCCUCGCAGAGCACGCGGUGCGCGAGAAGGCGGAGCUCCUUGCGCUUGCCAAAACCGUGAGCGACGAACUCCGCGCGAACUUGUCAGAUUUGCAUCGUCGACGCCGGAAGCAGCAGCGAGAGCGAGAGUCCUUGGCACAGCGUCGAACGGCUCUGGUGGAGAGCGCGCCUUUGUUGGUUCGGAUCAAGCAGGGCCAAGACGAAACUCCAGUCGGCGGUGGGGGUGACGACGCGCUGCUGGUAGCGCGAACGAGUGUCGAAGCCUUGAACGACGUGAUCCAGCUGCACGGCAAAGACCAGGUGGGCAUCCUCGGUCGCAUCAAGGAUUUCCGCAAGAACAUCAAUGUGAUGGAAUGGGAGCACGCGCUGCUGGAGCUACAAGCACGAGAUAUGGACGAGCGAUACACCGACAUCCAGUUGCUGCGCGUGACCAAAGACCUCCAGGAGCUCUUCCACACAGGCGACACGUCCCACAAGCAGAAGCGAGAAGCAGCCAUGCUUGAGGCCAAGCUGGCUCACCUGGGUCGUCACCACCAGACCACCUUGAUGAAGCUUGAACGCACAGGAUCCCAGCUCGAACGCCAGCUUCACGAACGCGAGCGCGAAAACCGGAACUUCCUGCAGCAAGUCGCGCAGCUUGAGACCCAGGUGCAGAUCCGCGAGGACAUCUUGGCGAGCCGCACGAGCGCAGCCAUGCGCCAACAAGCUGCAGGUGGAGGAGGUGCUCGGGGUGACGCUGCGAGACUCAAGGCCAUAGCAGUGAGACGCAAGCUCGUCGAUCUGGCGAAAGCUCAAACCGACGAGAUCGAGUACCUGCGCCUCGAGCUCGACAAGAUGCGCCGUCGUACCUUCCCGAGCUUUGCGCAGGCCCACGCUCGCGAUUAUCACGACGUUGACUAA